AAGACAAUCGUCGUUUUUUGGCCAGUGCCAAGGAUCGUUUUGCAUUUGUCUUGCGCCGUGACAAUGGCAAUGUGUUGGCGGCGCAUGGCCUCGCUUGUUGUCUUGGGUUGGAGGCGGACUAUGAUCGUUGCCAGUGCCUAUUGGAUCGAGUUGGAGAAGUGCGUCCGAACUGUAGCUACGUGCGUCGGCACCAUGAAGCGCAUAUGGCCAAUGUGAAGACGCUGAGUGACAGCUUCAAGCAGGCCAUUGACUACCUUGAACGUGAUCCGCAGCGAACGCCUUUACAGACAUCCUCGUUGGCAUUUUGUUUGGCUUGUGAAAGUCGCUAUGAGGAGGCCAUUGCGGCGCUCACCACUGUUGUAGCGGAAAAUCCUAACCUUCCACUUCUGCAGUAUAAUCUUGCUCUUUUGCACUGCGCUGCGUUUGUCUACGCGGUUUCGCACAAGGAGGCGAUCACUCCAGAGAAGGCGCGGGAUCUUCGCCAUUCCCUCGCCACUGGGCUUUCUAUGGCAUUUGAGUUUAUCCGCCAAGAGCCACGGUCCCAGGCGAUGGCGGUUGCAAAGACGUUUCUCAAGACCGUUUGCGCGUACUGCUUGGAUGUGAAUGAUGGCAGCAUCAGCCGACUCAUUUUGGUCGGCCAGCGUGAUACUGUGGAGUACGACCGGCAGUCCAAACUUUGGCAGCGUGUGUAUGAUGAGUUUCAAACGGAGAAGCGGAGUGAGGAGGAGCAGCGACAGGCAGAGGCGCGGCAACGCCAGGAGCAGGAGGUUCAGUUGGCCCGUGAGAUUCUGGAGGAUUUUCGGCGCUCACAGCUUGACCAGCCGACGAUUCUUGACGAGGAGAUACGCACCCGGCUUGAGGCGUACCGUGCGGAGUUCGGCUCUGCUGCCCCACCCGCCACCGAUGAUGCAGCGCAGCCAAUCGACCCCUUAGGCACCACUUCGACUGCGAUCCUUGGCGGCAUGAACCUCGAGGAGGACGGUGUGGGGUGGGCGGAAGCCGAAAGGGAUGAAGAGGAGCAUGAUGUGAAGGUAGAAGGGACGGAUGUUUCGGCGUGA